UGAACGUUGUUCUCCUGUAAAUUACACAUCCAGUUUCCCCCUUUUCUAUUACCUCCCCCCAUUUGCUUUCCGCGAGGUGCGUGUCCGCGCGAGGCGGCCUUCUUCCGCGGCGAGGAGAGAAACGCGAGAGAUGCGAGAGCACCCCGGCCAGUGUUAUUAUGAUUCGUAAAUGCGCUCGGAGGAACGUCACGCUGCGCUAUCACAACAUAUCAUGGAGCUAGUACGCCUUUUGAUAAAACUACUAAUGCUGUUCAGCUGGUGUACCGGGGAAUCCUUCGGGAACGCGCUCGAAAAAUGCAUACUCCCACUCGGCAUGGAAGAAGGAAAGAUUCCGGACGAGGCGAUCACGGCGUCGUCCAGUUACGAAAUGAAAUCCGUGGGACCCCAGAAUGCAAGAAUACGACAGGAGAAGAACGGCGGCGCCUGGUGUCCAAAAGCUCAGAUCAGUAGCGCGAUACGCGAAUACCUGGAGAUUGAUCUGACGAGGGACCACCUCAUCACGUGGACCGAGACCCAAGGCCGAUUCGGUAACGGCCAGGGCCAGGAAUACGCCGAGGCGUUCUUCUUGGAGUAUUGGCGGCACGAGAAGUGGCAUCAGUAUAAAGAUUUGAAAGGGAACAAGGUGCUACGUGGCAACAGCAAUACAUAUCUCGUCGAGAAGCAAAAGUUAGAUCUGCCGUUCGUCGCGAGUCGAGUAAGAUUCGUCCCUUACAGCCAGCAUCCGCGCACCGUGUGCAUGCGAGUCGAGAUUUACGGCUGUAUCUGGAAUUAUGGCAUGGUCAGUUACACCGCGCCUAAGGCUGAUAAAGCCGGACCUAACGGGUGCAACGUCGAGGACACGUCGUACGACGGUACAGAGAUCGAGAGUCUGAUGUUGAACGGGUUGGGACAAUUGACCGACGGCAUUGUCGGAAACGAAAUUGAGAUCCUGCAGUCCAACAGAGUGACCAACUGGGUCGGAUGGCGCGACCGAAACCGCGUGGAGUUGCUCUUCGAGUUCCAGGACGCGCGAAAAUUCGCCAACUGCACGAUUCACGUGGCCGAUUUGCCCGAGCUGCGUGUCCAGAUGUUCUCGAUGGCGAACUUCUGGUUUUCCUCGGACGGCAAAGAGUACCCGGACGCACCGGAAACGUUUAACGGCUCUAAAACGAAUAUCAUCCUUGAUGGUGGCAGCGAGAGGAAUGGUGGCGACAAAAAUAGCGCUUUGAUAACUAUUCCGUUGCAAUCGAGGCUCGGCAAGUUCGUCAAGGUGGAAUUGAAGCCUAAAGCGAGGUGGUUGUUGCUAAGCGAGGUCACAUUCAUGACGGUUCCAGAAGCAAAGAACAACACCGGAGCGCUGGAACGAUUAUCGUGGAUAUAUUCGAGCAACAACGAGAACAUAUCCCAAACGAUUAGUCAGGACCAGUUGGCGAAAGUGAAACGCAUUGAAAACAUGAAGGAUGAGGAUGAGAUCGACGAAGUGAAUACUCAAGACGUGAGUAAAAUCCGAGAUGAGACUGGCGACGAGGCGAAGAUUAACAUACAACACGGCCGUACAGCGACGGGGAAGACGAAGACCGACUCCAACGACACGACGUCUUCGGUGAACGACUCGAACCUGACGCCGGACGCUUUCCCCGUGAACAACUCGCAGACCUACAUCGGCCUGAUCAGUGCGGCGUUGACUGUGAUCGCUUUUUUCUCGAGCUGCACGAUUUUCCUGAUGAAGCAACGGGGCCGCAACAAAGUGGCUUUACUGCAGAAACACACCGCGUUGCUGUGCGGCUCGCCGGCACCGGGCAUCACGAUCAAUACGAAAGACAUGAAGUUACCCACGCCGAUCGUGGUGAACGGUCUGUCACAGUCCAGACUGUCCCUGAAGAGCAAGCUCGCCUCAGCCAACAGCGACUACAAGUUCGGCGACGUCGACGCAAGCGAGCAGCGCAGUGCUUGCGAGAAGAUCAAUAAAAUGCCCACGGAGCAAUACGUCAAGUGCGAGGCCAGGUCGAGUUAUAAAUCGGAGCAUUUCGAUAUUAAAAACAGCGAGAGCUUCGCCGAUGAGACACGAGCGGAAUGCGGGAUAAUUCCGACGACGGCGAAAAAAUUGAAUCACACGCAAGCGGGGAAGAUUAAUCAGAGAGUGUACGAGAGUUAUUACGCGGCUACGGACAUCCUGACGAUAAAAAGGCGCGAACAGCAUCCCGCUGCGAGUCUUUUCACGCCGCUGCUCAUUCGGGAUUCAGUUUUAUCGUACAAACGCGGCACCCACGAUGUCCAGCGCGUCUCCCGGCACAGAUUGAGAAUCCUCGAUAAGCUCGGCGAGGGAAACUUCGGCCUGGUUCAUCUAUGCGAAGCGAAAGGCAUACAAAAUCCGGAUCUAGGCAUCUUGCAAAACCGUCAAAUAGUGAUAGUACGGUCCUUGUGGCGCGGUGUCGUCGACGCUCUGAGGGAGGACUUCAUGAGCGACAUGCACAUCUUGGCUGAGAUUCGCGACGUCAACAUCGCCCGGAUAAUCGCGAUCGUCGAAGAGGAACCCUUCAGUGCCAUCUUCGAAUACGGAGAACUCGGGGAUCUGUCCAGCUUCCUAAAGAGCCGCGAUUGCGACGCAUCGAUAAGCAACACUGACUUCUCCAGUUACGAGUGCUCGUUAAAUCUGGUCGCGCAAAUUGCUUCGGGCAUGAAAUAUCUCGAGAGCUUGAACGUGCCACACUGCGAUCUGGCAGCCAGGAACUGCAUCGUCUGCAAAGAUCUACUGAUCAAAGUGUCCGACCAGGCCAUGUAUUGCAACAAAUACGACGGCGAGUACUACGUUGAUGAGUGUUACGCGAAGAUACCGCUACGUUGGAUGGCAUGGGAAGCGGUCAUAUCGGGGAAACGAAGCUGCCAGUCCGACGUGUGGUCGUACGGCGUGACGGUUUGGGAGGUGCUGACGCACUGCAAGGACGUGCCAUACGCCGACCUGACCUCGGAGCAGGUGCUGGAGAACUGCGGUCUGUGGUAUCAUUCGUCGGAAGGCGGCGGUAAGAGCAAACGUCCGCGGCUUCUCGAGCAGCCGAUGUUCUGCACGGACGAUCUGUACCGGCUGAUGCUGAGGUGUUGGUGCAAACGCGCGGACGAUCGGCCCAGUUUCCAGGAGAUUCACUGCUACCUCAAGAAGCUGACUUUGGAUUAAGAACUCGCGGACUCGCCGCGACCUCGAGCGCACUUAGGCGGCGGGCGGGACGACACCCAUGCGUGCUCCAGCAGCGGCGCGGACCAAAUCGAUUACAAUCAGCUAAGAAGCAUCCUGAGAUUGCUUUCUUACCGCUUUUGCGCACGAACGGCCACGAACUAGUAAUCGCAGAUCGUCGCAGUCGUUAAAGAUGCCUAAACACGUCAACGUGGGAUGCUCUCUGGCCACUAAUCUUACUGCUCAACUAGAUUUAUCUAAUUUCAUCGUACGAAUAAGCGUAGGUUAACGAAGUAAUGAUUUAUAGUUUCGAAAGCUCGGAAAAGACCCGAUUCUUUCGCAACUUUUCCACGGAUUUCUUCGGUCCGAAGGGUAGGAGAAUUCACGUGCGCUCGCCGUUAGAACGCGCCGUACUUACUUUUCUUUCCGCAAAAGGAGAUAAGAAAUCAAAAAAAUUGAAAGACACCAGUUUUCUCCGAGUCUUCGGAACUAUAGUAAUGAUGGAAAUAAAAAUUGAAAAAAAGAAGGAAUUCAACGCGACGAUUAAUCGCAUACAGAUUUCUCGUAAUACUCUAUACGCCAAGGAACAACCCGAGGACGAUCCCUCGGCGAUUACUUCCGCAUUCGGAACGCGCGUGUGAUUCCAAGCAGAAGAAAUGAUUCACACUAGGUUUAUUGAUUUGACAUAUCUCUUUCCUACGCUUAUAUACAUACAUAUAUGUGAUACUUAUUUAUCAGUUAUCGUUAAGAAGAUCGUUCUCUAUUCUUUCCAAUGUUCGGUACCCGGACCGAUCGCGCUAUUAUCGCGACACGAGCAAGCUUUGCGGCAAGCGAACGCACUUGGCGCGGAUCUUGGCGCAGAGUUCAGCCACCUUGCGGGCAUCCGAGUACUUUGUAUUACAUCGUAAGAAUUCGUUGCAUGUAGCCGAGGCAAAAUGUAUUAGACGUAAAAUCGGCAUAGAUCGAGCGCUGCCGCUCGAUUACCGUCGGUAUGUGUAACUUGAAGACGCAUCGCGAUUAAUGAAGGAUGACAAUCAGUUUUGCUCACCUACUCGAAUCACCGGGAACCCAAGAGAGAACGCAUUUCAAGAUGGAUACGAGGUCUCCAAGGCCUCCGUUUUAAGAUGCAUUCUGUAAUUGAUAACGAUACUAAUACUAAGAGAACAAUGAAAGAAAGGAGCAAGAGAGCAAAAUACGAGGAUCACAAUUAUGAUAAUUGGAGUAUAAACAACGACGAUAAUAACGAUUAUGGUAAACGCGUACAAUUUUAGAUUAUAUAUGUUUAUAACAUAUUUGACAGAUGUAACGUUUAAUUAAAUCAAAUUUGUAAUAUCA